AUGUCAAAUAAUAAUAAUAUUGAGAGACAUAAAAGAAUACUAAAUAUUGUUUCACAUUUGGGUUUAAACAAGAAAAAAAGCACCAUUCCAGCAUUCGAAAAGAAAAGAUUAUCUUAAUCGAGAAUCGUAUUUUACAAACCAGAAUAAUGUUAAGAAGAGGAAGAUCAAUUAAUCGUCAAGGCCAAAGAAUUAUUAUCUAAGCCAGUUAAAAGAAAGCUAAUCAGAUCAGAAUCAUAAUUGGUGCAAAUGAUCUCUGAUAAAUAUGAUAUGCUCAAAGAUGAUACAGAAGAAAACAGUGCCUAUCAUCAUAUCUAGCUUAGCCUAGUGAAAUUGUAGGAACAAGAAAUACUGGGUCAAUUCCAUGAGGUUAAACACAACCUAAGGAUGUCCAAGACCUCUUAUCCUGAUCCUAUUACAGUCCCAUAACAAAAAGUGUAAGUAUAAAACAUGUUCGAAAAAAAAUGCAGUCAACACACCAUCGCAUCACCUCAAGAAAACACAAUCAGAUAAAAAAUCAACGAUUUCUUAUACAAAACAAGAGAAUCCUUCAAAGAUUUCUAAGCAGACGUUUCACAUUAUAAAAAUCUCAAAUAGCAUCAUCGAUUAUAUAAAUAGAGAACUGCCACAUAUUUCUAAUAAUGA